AUGAGCGCAGCCGCGCCCGACGACCCCUUCGCCGAGCACGACGACUCGACGGCGUCGUCGGAGACGGAGCUCGUCGAGCUCAAGGCCGUGCGCGGCAUCGACGUCGAGCGCGCCGGCCGCGUCGAGUCCGUGCUCGUCCUCGAGGCCGGCGGCGCGUCGGCGGGCAAAGCCCUCAUCGGCGUCGAGGACCUCGAGCGCUUCCCCGUCGCCGAGGAGGGCGACCUCGCCGUCGUGGCGACGACGGGCGCGGGCCUGCGCGUGCACUGCGUCGUCGUGUCCCGCGGCGGCGCGCGCGCGGCGGCGUGCGGGUCGCGGCCUUGCUACGACGCGCUCCGCGCGGCCGCGACGGCCGCGGCCGCGCGCCGCGCGAGCGACGGCGCCAUGAACCUCGAGGACCUGCUCGACGAUGGCGGCGACGACGACGGCGACGACCCGCUCGGCGACGCGUCGCUCGCGCGGGGUCUCGAGGCGCUCGGAGGCUACGCGCUCGCCGCGUGCUGGUACGGCUGCGUCUUCGAGCGGCGCCUCGCCGUGCGCAGCGGCGACCCGCGCCUCCUGGCGCCGCUGCUCUCCGGUGUUUUAAAAUGCAUGGAGCCGCUGCCCUUCGUGCACAUCUUCGCGCCCGUCCUACCGCCCGGGUCGUCCGAGGUCCUCGAGGCGCCCGUGCCCUUCGCCGUGGGCGCGCGCGACGAGGACGCCGACGCCUGGUACGCGACCCGCGCCGACGAGGAGGAUACGAGGGACGCGACGCUCGAGCGCGGCUCCUCGCUGACGAGCCGCGACGGCCGCGACGACUACGAGUUCGUCGCCGCGCUCGUCGACGACGGCUGCCUCGUCGUCGACGCGGACAGCGGCGCCGUCCACGCGCCGGCGGACGCGCCGGGCGCGCCGCCCUUCGCGCGGCUCUGCGGGGACCUGGGGCGGCGCUGCGGCGCGGCCCUGCGCCGCGGCGGCGGACGGGCCGCGUGCGAGGCGCUGCGCGCGGAGACGCGGCGCCUCGUGGAUCGCAAGGGGUCCGGGAGCCUCGUCGGCCCGCUGCGCUGGGCGUGCGACGACGGGUCGUCCGAGGCCGUGGACGCCGAGUUUUCCGACGACUGCCUCUGGCUCUACGACGCGGGCGGCCCCCUCGCGCUCUGGCUGCCCGGCGACGCCGUGGAAAGCGUGUCGCCGCUCGACGCCUGCGCCUUCGAGGUGCGCUACGCCGCGGGCACGGGCGCCUGGAGCGGGCGGCCCCGGGCGGACCGCGCCGUCCUCGAGGCGCCGUCGCCCGGCGACGCGCGGCGCUGGGUCGCGGGUUUGGUCGCGGGCGCGGCGGCCGCGGCGCGCGACGACGCGCCGCCGGCGCCGCGCGUGGCCCUCAUGCGCACGCUCGGCGGCCGCCAGCUCGCCGCGGCGCGUCGAAGGCCCCUGACGCCCAAGUCCGCGGGCCGGCGGCUCUCCGAGUCCUUCUGGGAGCCGCCCGGCGACGGCGGCGCGUCGCCGCGGAAGCCCGACAAGGCGCGCCGCGGCUGCCUCAACGGCGCCCAGAGCACCGUGCGCGCCUCAACGGACGCCCUGACCACCGUGCGCGCCCUCCUCGAGCGCCUCGUCGCCACGGUCAAGUUCUUCCACGCCGGGGGGAACGUCGAUUUAGCGGUCCUCCGGGAGGUCCGGGAAUCCGCGGCGUUCGCGGCCUUCGAGGAGGCCGCGGGCGCGCUGCGCGCCGCGGACCUCGACGCGCUCACCGACGACGCGGCGAAGCACGCCUUCUGGAUCAACGCGCACAACCUCGUCGUGCUCCACGGCUGCGUCGCGAGCGGGCCGCCGGCGACGGCCACCGCCUUCGCGCCGGUGCCCGCGUACCUCGCGUGGGCGAAGCGGCAGCGCUACGCCUUCGGCGAGCUGACGCUGAGCGCCAUCGACAUCGAGCACGCGCUCCUGCGGCGCGGCGACAUCUUCAAGGGCACGCUGGCCAUCGCGCUGCUCCUGCCGCGCUUCUCCGACGACGACGCGCGGGCCCGGCUCAAGCCCGCGGCGUCGCCGCGCGCGCUGGCGCUGUCGCUCUUCGCGGCGACGGCGUCGUCGGCGCCGCUCCGCGUCGUCCACGCGCGGCGCGCGCCGGCGCUCCAGGACGAGCUCGACGCGAACGCGGCCGACUUCCUCCGGCGCGCGGCGGCGGUGACGAAGAAGGGCGUGACGCUGCCCGGGCCGCUGCGCUACAACUCCCAGGACCUCGGGAGCGGCACGGCGGACAUCCUCGCGCGCGUCGACGCCCUGCUCAAGCGCGACAACAACCCCUUCUCCUGGUUCGAGAGCAACGGCCUCGACCCGGCGACCGCGAAGCUCGAGUUCGGCGCCUACGACUGGGCGCCGAGGGCCAUGAAGAAGGCCGCGUGCAGGAGGUACAUGGGCUGGUUCGAGAGCGCCUGGUCCGCGACCAUGACCGCGAAAUUCAUGCCGUCGCCGGCCAGGGCGUCGACGGUGAUACUCCAGACGAAGAUGGCCAAGAUGCUGGCGAAGAGCGUGAACCGCAAUCCGAGCAGCCGGAGCCGCUCCUACAGCAGUCGGAGUCGCAGCUCGUCGCGGUCGCGGUCGCGGUCGCUCUCGAAGAAGGAGCGCAAGCGCGAGAAGAAGGCGCGGAAGCGCGAGCGCAAGGAGCGCAAGAAGCACAAAAAACGCCGCGGCCGCAGCCGCAGCCGCAGCCGCUCCCGCAGCCGCUCCCGCAGCCGCAGCCGGAGCCGCGGCCGCGGCCGCGAGCGCGGCGAGGUCGCCGAGGCGCGGCCCGCGCCGCCGCGGCCGACGCGGAUCUACCCGGCCGGCCGCGGCCCGGCCGCGUCGUCCGGCGAGCGGCGGCCGACGACGUACUACUCGCGCGUCGGCGAGGGCGGGCGCCUCGACGCGGGGAACAUCGGCCCCCAGCUCAAGGACGAGAUCCUCAAGGCCGUCGCCGAGGUCGAGGCCGAGCCCGUCAUCGGCCCGCAGAUGCCGCCGCGGCGGCCGCCGCGGGCCGAGGCGGAGCCGCCGCGGCCGCCGCCCCAGUCGGGCAUCCUCCAGUACGUGCGCGCCGCGCUGCCCGGCCCGGCGGCGCGCAACGGCGGCCUCCAGGACGACGUGUUGGACCCGCGGCGCCAGGGCGUCACGCGCGACGACGAGGCCAUCUUCGGGCGCAACAACCGCCUCAUGACGGCGAACAAGUCCGUGCUCCGCGACCAGUUCUCGCGCGGCGUCAACCCGGACAUGGCCGCGGAGCGCGACUUCCCCUACGAGUGCAAGCACGACGGCCGCAGGUUCCUGACCGCGACCCAGCUCUCGGAGUACUACCUCGAGGCCUACGGCGAGCGCAUCCACGCGUCCCUCAUCCGGCCCGCCAACGCCGCGCGCCUCGCCGACAUCGCCGACGACAGCGACUAA